UCCCUGCCCACGACUCGUAAGCCAAGAGGCGGGGUUCUGCGUCGCGGCGGGCCGUGGCCAGGGCAUGGCGACCGCGGAUCCCAGCGGGCCCGGGGUAUGGAUGUCUACCCCGGGACCGCGCCCCGCCGGGACCCUGGACUGCGCAGCGGGAGCUACGGGGCUGCCUUUCGGGCGAAGCGGCAGUGGAGUCCCCCGACUGGGGGAGCGGCUCCCGGCGGUUGUGGAGAAGAGGGGGCCGUACAUGGUGACGCGUGCGCCUUCCAUUCAGGCCAAGCUGCAGAAGCAUCGGGAUCUGGCCAAGGCUGUUCUUCGAAGAAAAGGCAUGCUGGGGGCCUCGGCGAACCGCCCCGACUCUUCAGCGAAAAGGUCAGUGAAGUUUAACAAGGGCUAUACUGCCCUUAGUCAGAAUCCAGAUGAAAACCUGGUGUCCCUCGACUCUGACAGUGAUGGGGAGCUGGAAUCCAGAUAUUCCUCCGGGUAUUCCUCUGCAGAGCAGGUGAACCAGGAUGUGAGCCGGCAGCUGCUCCAGGAUGGGUAUCACCUUGAUGAGAUUCCAGAUGAUGAAGACUUGGACCUCAUUCCUCCCAAGCCUAUGGCCUCUUCAACGUGCUCCUGCUGCUGGUGCUGUCCUGGGGACUCUCCUUCCUGUACUCUCCAGUAGACAUAACCCCCUAAGACAGACCCUGCUCACCGUGCCCUGCAGAGCCCUGUGGGCCCUUCUUCGGUCACGGAGUGCAGUGGGGAGUGCGGUCAUCCCCAGAAACACUGGAGGCACUGACCCUCUUGGAAGGUCAAUGACCUGCAGCUAAUGCCUUCUAUGGUGCUUCUAAGGCCAGAGGCCCCCAUCUGGACCAUAGGGUGAUAGGUGGAAUUCUGCAGUUUUCCUCUGCUGUUAGAGUUUGGAAAAACCACUUUAAUAAGGGCAGGAACAGAGGAAUUCUGAUUCUUGUGGUGACAAAGUUGGCUAAGGAAAUCUUUCAGACAUCUUGACUGGUAUUUGUCCUACUCUGUGGAGAGAGAGAGAGAGAGCUUUUGUGCCCUGGCGCUGUUGGAUGGUGGUGUAUGGAAGCAGAAAAUAGCACUUUAUGGCUUGCAGCUGGGAGCCUUUGAAAAAAAUAGCUGAACUAUUUGGGACCAGUUUUAAGAAAUUCCACAAUGCUCGGUCUUCCUGGCUCCAUUAUGAGGCCCUCAAGAAAGCAUAAAGCAAGGCCCUUUGGCCUUCUUCCCCUUGCACCUGUUUGACUUUGGCAGGGAACACAGCACGCUGCUUGAUGACACAGCAGGAUCAAGGCUUCCAGAAUCCCUGGACCUGGACCAUCCCCAACUGGCUUAAACUGUCUGGGUGGGUUUAAUGACUGUGGUCAGCCCACCCCUAGUUGGAGAAAAAUUGCUCCGCUAUGUACAUAUUUAUUUAUUUGUC